AUGCCAGUGGAACAAUUUGAAGAUGAAUCAAUCAAUAAAGGAUCUAAAAAACCUUCAGAAUCAGAUAUGUUAUAUUAUUAUAAACGGUUAUUACCAUUUAGACAAAUUUUUCAAUGGUUAUCACAUUCACCAAAACCAACUAAAGAUUUCACAUUUAGAGAAUUUGCUUAUGAACAUAGAUCAGGAGCUUAUCAACGUUAUAAUUCAUAUACUUCAUUAGAAGAUUUUAAACAAACAGUAAUUAAUGCCAAUCCAACAAGAUUUGAAAUUGGUGCAGUUUAUAAAAUAAAUCCAAAAGAUCGUAAAAAUUUACCAAAAUCUGUAAUGAAACCAGUUAGUAAAGAAUUAGUGUUUGAUAUUGAUUUAACUGACUAUGAUGAUAUUAGAACUUGUUGUCAGGGGACUGAUAUAUGUUGUAAAUGUUGGAAAUUUAUUCAAGUUGGUUCAAAAAUUAUUGAAUUUUCAUUACGACAAGAUUUUGGUUUCCAACAUUUAAUUUGGGUAUUUUCUGGUAGAAGAGGUGCUCAUUGUUGGAUAAGUGAUAUUCGAGCAAGAAAUUUAGAUGAAAAUUCAAGAAGAAGUAUUGUUGAAUAUUUAGAUAUACUAGGUAAAAAUGGCAAUAAAAAAUCAAUUAAAAAACCAUAUCAUCCACAUAUUGAAAGAUCAUUUGAAAUAUUGAAAAAUGAAUUUAAUAAUAUAGUAUUAACUGAUCAAGAUCCUUGGUUUACUGAUUCUACAAUGUCAUCAGAUUCUAAAAAUUGGAAAUGUGUAGAUGAUUUAUUAUCAUUCAUACCGAAUAAAGAAUUAUCAAAAGAAUUAAAAUCAAAAUGGCAAAAAGAUAUACAUUCAACAUCUAAAGAUAAAUGGGAAGAUAUAAAUACGAUAGCUUCAAAAGUAUUAAAAUCAAAAUCUGAAGUUAAUUAUUUAAAUGAUGCUAAAAAGGAUAUAAUUAUAUAUUUCAUGUAUCCGAGAUUAGAUAUUGAAGUUUCAAGGCAAAUUAUUCAUUUAUUGAAAUCUCCAUUUUGUAUUCACCCAGGAACUGGUAAUGUUUGUGUUCCAUUUAAUCCGUUUAAAAAUAUAAGUGAUAAUAAAGAAGAUGAUGAAUAUGGUUUUAAUCCAUUAAAUUCACCAAAUAUAAGAGAUAUUCAAAAUGAAUUAGAAAACUAUAAUAAAGGAAAUAAUGAAUUACAUGAUUGGGAAAAGACAAGUUUAAAACCAUAUAUUGAAUAUUUUAGUCAUUUUGUAAAUGAAUUAACUAAGGAAGAAUUAAAGAAAAGAUCAAGAGAUAAUGAAAAUGAAAAUAAUUUAGAAUUUUAA